GCGGGGCGGGCCCAGGGACCCCGCGAGGGCGGGCAGCGGCGGCGGCGGCGCGCACGCGGGGCCUGGUCGGUGUCAUGGCCGCGUCCCGGCUGCCUCCGGCAGCGCUGACGCUGAAGCAGUUCUUGAGAAGGCAGCAGGUUCUUCAGUUAUACAGAAGAAUUCUGCAGGCUAUUCGUCAGGUACCUACUGAAACUGAUCGGCACUAUCUAAAGGAGUGGGCAAGGGAAGAAUUCAAAAGAAAUAAAGAUGCAACAGAUGAGGAUGCAAUUAGGAUGAUGAUUACUCAGGGCAAGAUGCAGCUUCGGGAGCUUGAGAGAACACUUCAGCUGGCAAACUCCUAAUCUUAAUUCUGAGAGCCAAUGGACUUUCAUCCACUGUGGGAAGUACAGUACUUUCUCCAGGAUGCAGCACCUCAUCUUAUGCUAAAAUACCAGUAAUGUUUCAAGGUGGAAUACAGUACAAUACCAUUAUUUCCUUUCUUUUCUUGAGUCUGUUACCCUGAAUAUUUGGCAAGCAUAGACAAAUUACUUGUGCCAUAUUUGUUCAAAUAAUCAAAAGUGUGGCAUAAUAGUUGCUGAGAGAGAAGCAGGAAGUACUGAAUAACAGCAGCAAUGCGAAAAAAAACCAAAAAUCUGGUUUGAAUGUAUUUUCUGUUUGUUUGUUUUCUACAUUAGUUCUAAAUGUUACAAUCUUAUGGGAGUCAUCUCUAGAGUUCCAAAGUCCCAAACUCCUGAACUUUCAGUUUCAUAAUAAACGUGUUCAAAUUACUAA